CACACAGGCCCAAUCAUGAAACUUCUGCUGAUCGCGGCAGUGUUGGCCGUCGCAGCCGCCGACGUGAAAGAGCUCAAUGUGGCCCGCAACAGUUACGGGCAACCCGUCGACCCCCUCAAGGGUUCCGGCACGGACGCGCAAGCUGCCACAGCCGCCGCACCCACCGCCAUUCCUACUGGAAACAUUCAUUUGGGCACCGUGGGAAAUGUUAAAUACGAAAUUGAUUCGAGCUCUUUAGCCGGUUUGGAUCCUGCCAAACUGGCCGAACUCAAUUUGGACCUGUCGACUGUUGGAGCCGAAGAUUCUGAACUCAAAAGUCUCGGCAGUGUGUCUUUAGCUGGUCUUCUCGGUGGUGCUUUGCAAGGUGCUUCUUUGCAGGGUGCCAGUUUGCAAGGUGGAGCUUUGCAAAGUGCUGGUGUACAAGGUGCUGGUUUGCAAGGCAUUGGUUUGCAAGGUGGAGCUUUGCAAGGAGCCUUCCAAGGCAACUUCCAACAACAACUUCCAGCCAUCGGUUCAACACCCGCCACAUUCUCCAACCUUCCUAUACUUCAGUCUACUCCCGCCACUUUCUCCAACCUUCCAUUGCUUCAAUCUACCGCCGCCAGUUUACCUAGUCUUCCCCUGAUCCAACCUACCGUAGCCAGUUUCUCAAACUUGAAUCUGGCCGAUAACUCCGGUCCAUCCGUCAACAUCGGUUUCAACAACAGAAACAACUUCGCCCAAAACACUGACUCACAUUCCGAAGAAGGUGGCGAAACCGACAAACACUUGUACUUCUACACCGCCCCUGAAGAACCGGAACCUGCCGCCCCGAGAGUUAUCUUGCCACCUAAACCCAAGAACAACGUUAAGGUGAUCUUCGUGAAAGCUCCUGAAUUCAAAACCGCCCCGGCUCCAGUCAUCCAACCCGAAUCUCUUCAAAAAGGCGAAGAGAAAACUGUGGUAUACGUUCUCGUCAAGAAACCAGAAGAGCCAGCUCCCAUUGUCUUACCCACACCACCGCCCACCAAGCCCUCCAAACCCGAAGUUGUCUUCAUCAAGUACAAAGAUCAAAAAGACGCCGAGGAAGCUGUCAUUCACAUCCAAAAUACCGGCUCCUCCGCAGGCCUGGACUCCGGGCUCAUUGGGGUUAAUAGUGUCAGUGGCAGCUCUGUUGCUGAUCAGCGCGCACUUCUUAACACCAUUAGUCAAGGGAAAAACAACGGUUUAGGCUCGUUCAACAUCCAAGAAAGGACCGGAUUUGGUGUCACCCAAAGUCCCCUGGAUAUUUCCUCGAUCAGCAGCUUGAACUUGGGUGGUCUGUCAUCUAGCAACGGAUUGAGUGGUUUGAAUUUCGUUUCUGAUGGAGGUUUGGGAGGAUUCAACUCCUUCAGUACCACCACCCUUUCCCCGUUGAUUGGCAACGGGCUCAAUUUUGGCACCACGGCUGCCCCAGGUUUUGCCUUCUCCACACCAGCACCGCAAAUCUCGAUCAACAACUUCCCUACUUCUACCCCAUCUCCGAUUAGCUACAGCACCACUGGAACACCAGGCACUUUGUUCGACAGUUUCGGUGAAGAGGAAUCCGCCAGUUCCGGUUCAUUCGCCUUGGCCCCCAAGCCCCAUUCUAUCUAUGGCCCACCCAUAAACAAGAAGAAAUAAUUUAAUCGAUCGAAUAGGAAAUUUUUUUAAUUAAUUUAGUUAGUAUUUAUAAUUCUCAAUGUGAGAAAAGACUUGCCUGUAUAUAUUGUACAAUAAAAAAUUAAAAAAUUUUACCAGA